UAAAAUUUCUUUCAAGGAAAUGAUUUUAUAGUGGGUUCUUUCAUAUACAAAGUCCAACUUUUAUAAGAACAGAAAUGUUUUUCUAUACAUUCUAUAAUGAUUUUAUUUCUGAUUUUUUAGAUGCAUUUGGCAGCGAAGAUGAGUUGUGCAUCUAUUUCAGAAAUCCUUAUAUGAAAAGAUACAAGUUUUAGAAAGUGUCGGCAUUACUACUUGGAGAGUAUGGCAGGUUUUAAACGAGGAUAUGAUGGAAAAAUUGCUGGAUUGUAUGAUUUGGAUAAAACCCUAGGCAGAGGGCAUUUUGCUGUGGUGAAACUUGCCCGACAUGUAUUUACAGGUGAAAAAGUGGCAGUAAAAGUAAUUGACAAGACCAAGUUAGAUACUCUUGCCACAGGACAUCUUUUCCAAGAAGUCAGAUGUAUGAAACUAGUUCAACAUCCUAAUAUUGUUCGUCUAUAUGAAGUUAUUGACACUCAGACCAAACUUUAUCUGAUCUUAGAACUUGGUGAUGGAGGAGAUAUGUUUGAUUACAUCAUGAAACAUGAAGAAGGUCUUAAUGAAGAUCUGGCAAAAAAAUAUUUUGCUCAGAUUGUUCAUGCUAUAUCCUAUUGCCAUAAACUGCAUGUCGUUCACAGAGACUUAAAACCAGAAAAUGUUGUAUUUUUUGAAAAACAAGGACUUGUGAAAUUAACUGAUUUUGGAUUUAGCAACAAAUUUCAACCUGGGAAAAAACUUACAACAAGUUGUGGCUCUCUUGCAUAUUCUGCUCCUGAAAUUUUACUUGGCGAUGAAUAUGAUGCUCCUGCAGUAGAUAUAUGGAGUCUGGGAGUUAUUCUUUACAUGUUGGUAUGUGGACAACCACCUUUUCAAGAAGCAAAUGAUAGUGAAACUUUGACCAUGAUAAUGGAUUGUAAAUACACAGUACCAUCUCGGGUGUCCAAAGAAUGUAAAGAUUUAAUUACACAAAUGUUGCAAAGAGACCCAAAACGAAGGGCAUCUUUAGAAGAAAUUGAAAAUCACACUUGGCUACAAGGAGUUGAUCCAUCACCUGCAACAAAAUACAAUAUUCCUUUGGUUUCAUAUAAAAAUCUUUCAGAGGAAGAGCACAAUAGCAUAAUACAGCGCAUGGUUCUUGGAGACAUUGCAGAUCGAGACAUUAUUGUGGAGGCUCUGGAAACUAACAAAUACAAUCACAUCACUGCUACCUACUUUUUACUAGCAGAACGGAUUUUAAGAGAGAAACAAGAAAAAGAAAUACAAACCAGAUCAGCAAGUCCAAGCAAUAUAAAAGCGCAAUUCAGGCAAUCAUGGCCAACAAAAAUUGAUGUUCCUCAAGAUUUAGAUAAUGACUUUACAGCUUCUCCUUUGACCCAUGGAGCUGUUCCUCAGUCUCCUGCUCGUAGCGCUGAAAAUGUUCUUAAUGGACACAGAAGUAAGGCACUUAAUGUUUCAGCCAAGAAAGAGGAUAUUCCUGAAUUAGCUGGAUCAACACUUUCAGUUGUUCCCUCAGUAAAUUUAAAACCU